AACCACCUUCAAUUUCACAGCACUGCAGUCAGUACACGUAUGGCAAAUGGAGAUAGCAUACACUCCCUAUCUCCCUAUCAAAUGCGUUACAUCCCCCGUCCGGGGUACUGUCCACUGAGAUGCCUGGGAAAUAAAAUCUUCUUUUCUUCCUCUCACAUCCUGCCAAUUGCCCAUCCACCCGUUUGCAAGUCGUAGACAUCCUCGACUAUGGGUUUCAUCUCCAACCUCUACAAAGCGCCGGAAGUAAACCCACUCAACAACAAGGCCUUGUCUAUUCCUAUCCUCAAUCCCGUCAACAAGUAUGGACGUACAUUUCACCUCGCCUGGUUCGGAUUCUUCGUCGCUUUCCUCAGUUGGUUCGCCUUUGCUCCGUUGCUCACCGUCACCUUGAAAACCGACCUCCAUCUUACUCAGGCUGAAAUCCAAAACUCCAACAUUCUCGGGCUUACGUCGACGUUAGUGGUACGUGUGUUCAUUGGACCUAUCUGCGACCGUUUUGGGCCGCGAAAGGCAAUGGCAGGGUGUCUUUUGGCCGGUGCCAUUCCCACAGCCAUGGCAGGUCUCGUGACAAACGCAAAGGGAUUGAUCGCCAUCCGCUUCUUCAUCGGUAUCCUUGGAGGAUCCUUCGUACCAUGUCAGGUCUGGGUUACCGGUUGGUACGACAAGUCUGUGGUGGGUCGUGCAAAUGCCUUGGCUGGUGGUUGGGGUAACUCGGGGGGUGGAGUAACAUACUUCGUGAUGCCGGCAGUCUUUGAGGCCCUUGUACGCGAUGGGUACACUGCUCACAAGGCGUGGCGUAUUUCAUUUGCUGUUUGUCCUUUCGUCAUCAUCGUGGCCACUGCUAUCAUGAUUAUCACUCUCGGCCAAGACACGCCAACUGGAAAUUGGAGUGAACGCUUCAACACUGUUGCGCCCGUUGAUGGUCACAAGCCCAACGUGGGAACGGUCGUCGACGUCCCAUCCGAUGCAUCAUACGACAUGACUCACUUUGCUGCUUCCUCGUCGACUGGAGCCAACUCUGGCACUGCCACCCCUACCAAGGAAGGCAAGCACGCCGGUAUCGUGACUCCGCCAAAAGCCGAGCUGGCCCCGGUUGAAGAGCUUGCUCGGGAAGAAGUCAUUGUGAAGCCAACCCUGUCGUCCACGCUUCGCACAAUCGCAUCGAUGCAGACCAUGUUGACCGCACUCUGCUACUUCACGACGUUUGGUGCAGAAACCACCAUCGAAGGAAACCUCGGCUCCUUCUACAAGGCGGCAGCACCCAGCUGGUCCCAAUCCAUGGCGGGUAACUGGGCUGCAAUGUUCAUGCUUCUGAACAUCGUCACUCGUCCUUGUGGUGGAUACAUCGCGGAUGUCCUUUACCGUGUCAGUCGACAUGACCCUGCCGUCAAGAAAUAUUUCAUGGCAACGCUCGGACUUCUCGAAGGCGCUUUCCUCCUUUGGAUCGGCCUGCAGCGCUCCAUGUCUAUUUCCACGCUGAUUGGCGCCCAUGCUGCCGCUGCCGUCUUCCUCGAAGCCGCGAACGGUGCCAACUAUGCCCUUGUUCCCCACAUUCACCCGUCGCAUAAUGGUGUCGUGUCGGGAAUCACCGGUGCCAUGGGUAACUUCGGAGGCGUCAUGUUUUCGUUGAUCCUGAGGUACCGCACGCACGUAGUUAACGGGGCCGUUGCGACGGAUUAUCACACCGGCUACUGGAUCAUUGCCAUCAUUGUCUUGAUCAUCAAUGCCUGUGCUUUCUUUGUGCCCCUCAAUAGCGGCGAGAGGAGAUUGGAGGAGGAGGCGUUCAAGGAGAACGGAUACCAUGACCAGAUUUCGAAAGUGUAA